GGGGGCGGGGGGGAGUGUGCGGGGGGAAGGUGUGUGUCCUCGCACUCCUGCGCAACCACCGGAGCACCGCCGGAGUCCUGGAGUCGGGAGGAGCCCCGAGAGUUCACUUGGCGCACACGGGGAACGCUAUAGCAUCCUGGCUGGACGGAUAGCUUGGCAUCAACACUGAUGCUCUAGUAGAGGUACCUGGCGUACUGAGAGUGAGAGCGCGAGAGGAUAGAGAGCGGGAGAGCAGUACAAACAGAGCAGGAUGUGGCACGCACGAGUCGUCGUCUUCCUACUGGCAAUCGCUUCCGUCAUCUACGCCAAGGUGGCCGUGUUACCGCACGAUGUCUACCCCGGUUACGAGGUGACGCAAUUCCGGCGCGACGCGAGUCGCGCCUCCAAUUUCCGUCUUCUGGAGACCGGUUUCUCCAAGUACUUCACCGUGCUGGGCAACGGCCUGGUGAUGACGACGUCGGAUCUGACGCCGCUGGUGGACCGUCCCGUGAACCUGAUCGUUCUGGAGGAACUGGCCAACGGUACGCAGACCCACGACCUUCACCUGUACGUCAUCAAUCGCCGGAACAUGCUGACCUUCUCGCACGACCGUCUGGGCGAGGGUGAGGUACCGGAGAACUCGCCGGUCGGCACGCGAAUAGACGGCUUUCCGGUUUUGCGGGCACGCGGCAGCUUUCCGGUUCACUACAAGAUUCUACCGGACGACAACGGGGAACGUCCCUUCGCUCUGCGAGAGAGCGAGUCCAGCGACACCGGCUUCAAUCUCACCCUGAAGAGUCAGAUGCAGGGCGUCAGGGUGGUCACCGCGAGGCCCCUCGAUCGCGAGAUCCGCGGGAUCUACACCGUCGUGAUACACGCGUCGGACGGUAACUUCCUCAGCACCUCGAAGAUCAGCGGCAUCGUUCACGUGCUCGAUCAGAAUGAUAACAGCCCCAUUUUUGAACGGGAGUUGUACGUUUUCGAAAUCAGACCGACCAAUUUGGAUACCUUGCGUAAAAAUAACGUUGCGCAACCCGGCUGGAAGAGGUUCUCCACCGUGGGUAAGGUCACGGCCAAGGACGCGGACGGGGACAAGGUCGCGUAUAAGUUGGUCACGCCUAGCAGCCUGCUGAUCGUCGUGCCGCAAACCGGCGAGUUGUUACUCGCCGGCGAGCCGGAAGUCAGCUCGGAGCAGGACGGCGAGUGCGAGCUGGUCGUCGAGGCGCACGACUUACGCACGCCGAGCCGCAGCACGGAGAAACCGGCCAAGGUUAUCGUGCGGUUCCUCACCUCGGAACCGGACGAUCCACCGGAAGUGCAUCGUAUACAGAAGAGGAGGGUCACUAGGGCGGUGCGACCGACGAAGAAGGUCGAUUUCACCGAGGCGGACGGAAAUGUCGAGGGCAAGAUCGCGUUUUAUUUGGAGAAGGAAAACGAAAAGGAGACCUACAAGAUAAGAGAUGAGAACAAGUGGGUCACCGUGGGCGCCAACGGCUCCGUGAUGGUCAAACAGAAGUGGGACUACGAGGAAUUGGGCCCGGAAAAGACUAUUGACUUCUGGGUUACCAUUACGAACACAGGUACAGAGCCGUGCGUACGAUAUCCACCCGGUGUCCCGUGCCCAUUUUACGACGAUACCGACAAUCAGCGCGUCAUCAUCAACAUGAAGGAUGUGAAUGACGAGCCUCCGUAUUUCAUUAAUCGGCCACUACCGAUGCAAACGGUCGUUCAGCUGAACGCACCGCCGAACACUCACGUGUUCACCCUUCAAGCCAGGGAUCCUGACACCGACCACAACAUCCAUUACUUCAUCGUGCGAGAUCGAACUGGCGGUCGCUUUGAGGUUGACGAGAGAUCAGGCGUAGUGCGUACUCGAGGUACCGACCUCUUCCAGUUGGAUAUGGAGUACGUCCUUUACGUGAAAGCCGAGGAUCAGAACGGCCGUAUCGACGAGAGGCGUUUCCAGUCGACUCCUGAGGAGAGACUAUCGAUCGUCGGUGGAAAACGCGCACCGCAGUUCUAUAUGACGGCGUACGAGGCCGAGAUACCGGAAAACCAGAAGAAAGACUCCGACAUAAUAUCGGUGAAAGCCAAGUCGUUCGCCGAUCGAGAGAUACGCUACACGCUGAAGGCGCAAGGUCAAGGAGCCGCGGGUACGUUCAACAUCGGUCCGACUUCCGGAAUUGUGAAACUCGCGAAAGAACUGGAUUUCGAGGAUCUGCGGCAGCCCCAUAUCUAUUCUCUGAUAGUAACGGCCACGGAGGACUCUGGCGGCUUCUCGACAUCGGUCGAGCUAACGAUUCGGGUGUCGGACGUAAACGAUAAUGCCCCCAAAUUCGAGCUACCGGAUUAUCAAGCUCACAACGUUGACGAGGAUAUCCCGUUGGGCACGAAUAUACUGAAAGUCAAGGCAACUGACGCUGACUCAGGCGCAAACGCGGAAAUAGAGUAUUUAGUGUCCGAUGAUCACUUCAGCGUAGACUCCAAUGGUAUUAUUGUCAAUAAUAAGCAGCUCGAUGCGGACAACAAUAAUGCCUACUACGAAUUCAUCGUUACUGCUAAAGAUAAGGGCGAGCCGUCGAAAACCGGCACGGCGACAGUACGGAUAUACACGAAGAAUAAAAACGACGAGGAGCCGAAGUUUUCCCAGCAGGUUUACACGCCUAACGUCGACGAGAACGCCGGGCCGAACACCCUGGUCACCACCGUGGUGGCCUCCGACAAGGACGGCGAUAACGUGCGAUUUCGAUUCGUCGGCGGGAACACCACGUCGGGACAGUUCGUGAUUGAGGAGAUCACGGGUGUGAUUCGUCUUCACGGGAAGGAAAUCUCCUUAGAUCGGGACAAAUACGAGCUGAACGUCACCGCGUUGGACGACGGCGCGUGCUGUCCGAAUGGCGAUAAAACCAUUCACACCAGCACCGCGGUUGUCGUGGUUUUCAUAACCGACGUGAACGACAAUAAGCCGGUCUUCAAGGAUUGUUCGAGUUAUAUCCCGAAAGUGGAGGAGGGCGCGCCGAACGGCAGCACGGUUAUUAAGGUACAGGCGACCGACGAGGACAAAGGUGUCAACGGGCAAGUCAAGUAUUCGAUCGUACAACAGCCUAAUCAGAAGGGCACGAAGUUUACCGUUGACGAGGAAACCGGUCAGGUCUUGACCAAUAAGGUGUUCGAUCGCGAGGGCGAUGACGGAAAAUUUGUAUCCGUCACUGUUAAGGCGACGGAUCAGGGUGAGCCCUCGCUGGAAGGUGUUUGCUCAUUUACCGUCGAAAUAACGGACGUGAACGACAACCCGCCGUUGUUUGACCGACAGAGAUAUGUGGAAAACGUGAAGCAGGACGCGAGCAUUGGUACAAACAUAUUAAGAGUGUCGGCAUCCGACGAGGAUGCUGACAACAAUGGCGCGAUCGUAUACUCGCUGAGCUCACCCAACAACGAGCAAAAUCUGGAGUACUUUGAGAUCCAGCCAGAGUCUGGUUGGAUCGUGUUAAAGAAGCCCCUAGACGAGCAGGUGGGAACAACAUUUUUUGAGCCCCACGUACGGUGUACUUCAACCUCUACGCAUUUUGUGGUGCAUCAGACAUAAACAAUUUUUGACAAUGCUUGCAUAUUUUAUAUGAAUGUGUUUUUGAUUCCUUUACAGGAACGGAUCUCGCUCUCGCUCCUACAUCCAUCCACCGCCCUUUACUUCUCUCGUUAUCUUUAUCUCUAUCUUUUCCUACAUCUAUCUCUAAUUUCUGAACCUUUUUUUUUUUCCUUUUCAAAAAGUAUCUUUCGUUUGUUGCAUUUUGCGUUUUAUUGACAUGUCGGUAAUUACUUUUUCUGAGUACACCUGCUUGGAUAUUUACUGAAUUAGCUGCGUUGAUUACUUUCCCGACAAGUUUCUCUAUCUAUCUAUUCAUAUUUCGUUUGAUUUGUACGUAAGACAAAGCCUCUCUUUCUCUGCGUUUUUUAUUUAUUAC